AUGACAGGAGAGGAGGCUUGGUAUUCAACGCCGGUCACUAACUGCAUCCUUAACGUUUUCUUGUUUUACACCGCUAUCGCGUUAAACAUCAUAACAAUACAAGCGCUGAGGAAAACGUCGUCGUUGCCAAGGACUUUGAAAACAUUGCUCUUGAGUUUGGCUGCUUCUGAUCUCGCUGUUGGUUUACUUGCCCACCCUGUUUUUGUUGCACAUCUCAUUAUUCAAAUACGACAAAACACUAGUGAUGAUGCUUAUGGUACAGUAUUUACCAGUUUCUCGGCCUUUCAGAAUAUUCUACUUACUUGUGCAUCGCUUUUUGGUGUUGUCGCUAUAACUGUUGAUAGAUUCUUAGCCAUUCAUCUUCAUCUCAGGUACCAGGAACUUGUAACCCACAAGCGUGUUAUUGCUGUAGUGACAUCUAUUUGGGUUAUCAGCGCAUUUCUUUCUUUACUUCUCCCUGCAGCUGAUUUGGAAUGGAUUCCAAACAGAGUUCCUGAGAUUAUGUUUCCAGCCAUCGACGCUGUUUGUUUCAUAACCACAGGAUUUCUCCACUACAAGAUAUACGCAUCUGUACGACACCACACAGGCCACAUCCAAGCUCUGCAAGCACAAGAAGAAGCACAGAAUAGACAAAUGAAAAAUGCUGUGAGGCUGAGAAAAACUACACUUGCUACAUUCUACAUCUAUUGGCUGUUUUUGGCUUGUUAUGUGCCAAUCUUUUGUGUCAACCUUGCCGAACUGUUCUGUGGUGAAACUGCCUUGAUCCAGCAUUUGUGGUAUUAUGUUAGGACAAUUGUGCUUUCCAAUUCAUCUCUCAAUCCUUUGAUCUACAGCUGGAAGAUGAGACACAUUCGACAUGCUGUUAUAGACAUACUUCGAAGCAUACUCCCAAGUCGCCACUAA